UCUGUUUCGAGCCCAUUACUGCCACGUGGCUCUAUUCGGAGUUAUUUACCAAUGGUACGCUCACCGGUUUAACGAUUCACCACUUAAAGCCCUCAAAAUCUCAGAGAACGCUCGCUGAUCAAAUCCGUCGUCCUUCAACCGUCGCCUCCUCCGUCAUGACAAUUGAGUGCGUUAAUCCCGAAGGUCUUCGAUUCAACCAAAUGAAAAGCUCCUCUCAUCAAACCCUAGAAACGAGGAUGAGGCCGAUUUUGAUGAAGGGACAUGAACGUCCAUUGACGUUCCUGAGGUACAACAGAAAUGGUGAUCUGCUUUUCUCCUGCGCCAAAGACCACACUCCCACAGUCUGGUUUGCCGAUAACGGCGAGCGUCUUGGCACUUACCGUGGCCACAGUGGUGCUGUUUGGUGCUGUGAUAUCUCCAGAGACUCGUCUAGAUUGAUCACUGGUAGUGCUGAUCAGACUGCAAAGCUGUGGGAUGUGAAAUCUGGCAAAGAAUUGUUCACUUUCAAGUUUGGUGCCCCUGCAAGGUCUGUGGAUUUCUCUGUUGGUGAUCAUCUUGCAGUGAUUACCACUGAUCACUUCGUGGGAACUUCCUCUGCUAUUCAUGUCAAACGCAUUGCAGAAGAUCCCGAAGACCAGGUUGGUGAUUCUGUGCUUGUCCUUCAAAGUCCUGAUGGAAAGAAGAAGAUCAAUAGAGCUGUUUGGGGUCCCCUGAACCAAACCAUUGUUAGUGGUGGUGAAGAUGCUGCUAUCAGAAUCUGGGAUGCAGAGACUGGAAAAUUGCUUAAGCAAUCAGAUGAGGAAGUGGGUCACAAGGAGGCCAUUACAUCCCUCUGCAAAGCAGCUGAUGACUCUCACUUCCUUACAGGUUCACAUGACAAAACUGCAAAGCUUUGGGACAUGAGAACGCUGACUCUUAUUAAGACUUACACCACUGUGGUGCCUGUAAAUGCUGUCGCCAUGUCUCCACUUCUCAACCAUGUUGUGCUUGGAGGUGGUCAAGAUGCAUCAGCUGUGACUACCACUGAUCAUCGUGCUGGGAAGUUUGAAGCUAAGUUUUACGACACGAUUCUGCAAGAGGAAAUUGGUGGCGUGAAAGGUCAUUUUGGACCUAUUAAUGCUUUGGCAUUCAGUCCUGAUGGGAAGAGUUUCUCUAGUGGAGGUGAAGACGGCUACGUGAGACUGCAUCAUUUUGACUCCAAUUACUUCAACAUCAAGAUUUAGAUUCUUUGAACAUGUCUUUCCAUUUUUUCAUCAUUCCACAUAAUAUUUUCUCUCUUUUUAACAUUUUCAGAAUUGAUGUACUACCAAAUUACCAAUAUACUACUUUGAUGAUAAAGCUUGUUGUUUGUCUUUUCAAAUA